AUGGAGAUAAUUUACCAGCCUCGCAUCGACAGGGAAAUUGAAUCGUUCAUAGAAAAAAUCCAUCCACCAAGGGUCCGUAUAGACAAUGAUUCCUGCAGAGACUGCACUGUGGUGAAGAUUGAUAGCGCGAACAGGCAUGGAAUAUUAUUGGAGAUGGUCCAAGUGUUGACAGAUCUUGACCUCGUCAUUUCCAAAUCAUAUAUUUCUUCUGAUGGUGGAUGGUUAAUGGAUGUGUUCCACGUGACGGACCAGUUUGGCAACAAGCUUACUGACGAGAGCCUCGUACAUUACAUUGAGCAGGCACUGUGCGAGACUAGAAGCAGCAAAGAAAUUUCAAGUGACAUGGAGCUAAAAUUACAAAGCUGCAAAGGACCACAACAAAAUAUGUCAGUGUCCGCUGCGAACUUGGCCAUAGAGGUAACAACGUCGAACAGACCGGGCCUGAUGUCAGAGAUAUCAGCGAUUCUACUGGACCUGGACUUCAACGUCUCGUCCGCAACGGCCUGGACCCACAAUGACAGGGUGGCCUGCAUUAUCCAUCUGGAGGACGCAUCCAAAUCGGGGCCCAUCAACGACCCAGAACGCUUGGCCCAUGUUGAGAAUGAGCUAAAGAACGUGGUGGAGGCCCAUGAUGACGGAAAGAGGGAAAAAGAGAGGAGAGUGAGGUUGAGGAGCUUCGGAGCGGGGCGCAACCAUACAGAACGGCGACUCCACCAGUUGAUGUACGCGGAUGGGGAUUACGAAAGUUGUCGUGCAUGCCAUGGAGAUAGAAGCGGUGAACACAAGAAGGGUUGUGAUGGAACUCACGUGUCCGUUGGUAGAUACGAAGAGAAAGGGUACUGGGUGGUUACCGUGAGGAGCAGGGACCGCCCUAAGCUGCUGUUUGAUACCGUGUGCGUACUUACUGACAUGCACUAUGAGGUCUUUCACGCUGCUAUUAGCUCCAAUGGCUCCAUGGCCGAUCAGGAGUACUUCGUAAGGCCCCAGGUUUGUUUAAAUUUGGACAAUGAAAGCGAGAGGCAGAAGCUCACCCUAUGCAUAAUCGCUGCCAUAGAGCGAAGAAUCUCGCAUGGAUUGAAGGUAGACAUUUGCACACAAAACAAAACAGGGCUACUAUCGAAGGUGACACGCGUAAUUCGUGAGAAUGGAUUAUCCAUAACAAGGGUUCAGAUAGGAGUAAAGGGCGAGACAGCAAUAGGAUCAUUCUAUGUUGCAAAUUCUUCAGGUCAAGAUGUAAACCCAAAUAUAGCAGAGCUUGUGAGAAGGGAAGCUGGUGGGUCCAUUGUUGUAGAUUACAGCUCGCCCUACAGGGUUCCUAAAUGCUUCUCAUCCAGUACUACCAGGCACGAUACUGUGAACAGUACAGAAGUUAGACCAAGAUUUUCUCUUGGAAGCAUGCUAUGGUCACAGCUCGAGCGCCUCUCAAUCAAUUUCGGCCCCAUUAGAUCCUGAGAAGCUCUA